GUUUAUGGUGAAAAGUGUGAGACUUGAAAAAACAUGCACCUUCUGUCUGACAUUAAGAAUAAAUGCGGGGAACAGUUGCUUUAUUUUGAAAGACGAAUCACCCAACUUCCGCCUACCCUCUUGACUUGAUGCUGUUGUGGUUAACACGGAGGUCUGGAGACAAAGCAGGCGGAUAAACCGCUGCACAUGGAGGCACCUUCCACUAGAUGGAGCUGUUGUGUUUGUGUUUCCACACUGAACAACAGACGGAGCCAGAGGCCUGCUCCAGCCUGCAGGUUGUCAAGAUAAUUCACCCUCACCAUGUGGGCAUAUCUCAGCAUAAAAACUGGGCUCCAGCGUACCACUGAUGUCACACUGGGUAUAAGAGCUGUGGUCCUGCCCUUGCCCUCCUGUUUGUGGAAUCAGCCUGUGACCGUCUCCAACAUCAGACCACCUUUUUUCAGCUGCCACACACAAACAUCUGAAGCAAUGGCGUUCCAGUCAAAUGUGAUCAGCUCGCAGCCUCAGGUCUCCGUCACACAGUACACCGUCUCCUCCACCGCAAUGUCAGACUGGAGUUCAAAUGUGUGCGACUGCUGCGACGACUGUGGCAUUUGUCUUUGUGCAUCGUUCGUCCCAUGUAUCCUGGCCUGUAAGGUGGCUCAGGACAACGGGGACAGCUGCUGCGUGCCCUUCCUUCCUGGUGCCAUGAUUGCUUUAAGGACGAGCAUGCGCGGCAGAUACCACAUUGGUGGCUCCGUGUGUGACGACUGGGUAGUCAUGGCCUGCCUGCCUUUGUGUGGACUGUGCCAGAUGGCACGGGAGCAGAAGAUGAGAGGAUAAACGGAAGGAAUGCUGAAUCUAAUUUUCAAAUAACAAGGAAGGAGAAUUUGCAUUGUUUGGCCCGAACACCAUUUCUGUUUCACAUUCAGAUUUGAAAUUUAAUGGCAUGACCAUAGUUAAGUACUUUUUGCCAAAGGAUGGAGAUCAAGAUUUACAAUGUAAGAAUAGGAGCCUGAUAAUCAGACUGGAUUGCUGUUUCGCUUCACUUUAUUAUUCUUUAAUAUUAUAGCCUAUUAUAUACUACUACAACUAAAUAUUCUUAAAAAUUCAAAAUGUGAGAAGCAAUUCAGAGACUUGAAACCAGGCUGAAUGAUUCAGAUGGCGGAAAGUAAGACAUAUUUCAAAAGGCACUGAAGUGUUACACUGAAACUACUGUCUUUAAUAGUAAAUUAAAUACUGACUCACUGCGAUGGGAAUGUCUUUAAACAACAAACCAGUGAAGACACGAAGACUUAAAUGCUCAUAUUUACAGCGAGAGUAACUUUUCCUUUAAAUUAAAUAAAAAACACGAUAGUUAUUUUUACAUUACAUAGGACUGUAAUUAUACCUGAACCCUGCUCUUCUUGCAUGCACUGUCAGUCAGUAAUGUUUAUCAUGUAUUCAUCUAGUAUUCUGUCAUAGGAGUAUUUAUUUAUGUCCAAUUAACUAAUGUAUAUUCAUUCAAGCAACAGUAUUUCAAUAAAGACUCU